UUUUGGAAGUACAGCUGACAAAAGUCACGAUUGGGGAGCUGCACCUUAUGGUAAACCUGGUCAUGUUCCAAUUCUCUCUCAUUGGGUAGACGAUAUAAUUCCGCUGUUUAGCUGUUGCCAGUGGACCGACUUCAAGUCAUGUGACUAUUACGUUGAGCUGAGAGGAACUACGGAUUGUACGGAAUAUAAUCCUCCCGUACCAGCGUUUGUGUACGGGCAAGGUCACAUUGCGACAAUUAGAGGCCAGAAGAUCCGCAUCAUGGCGUCAGGGGAUUACAUUUUGCUUAGAGCAGGGACCACAGAGGUGCAGGCGAGAUUUGAGAAUAAUCUUACUCCAACUGAAAGUGGGAAGGUUAUUAACAACACGUUCACGUUGACAUCUGUGGCCAUAGAAAACAAAGGAAUAUCAGACAGGGUUGAACUAAGGUUGCAAAAAGAAGAUAUCGACAACAUCGAAGUGCUACUGAAUGGAGAAAUUAAAGAGUUUAAGGAGAAAUCUUUAAAAUGGCAAGAUUUCAAAGAAGUUGCAGUUAUUAAUACCGACUUGACCGGAAAGAAUGGCAAUUUUACGGUGCUUCUUACCAAUAACAUAGGGUUCCAAGUGGCAACCGUUGCUGGCACCAUGCAGCUAGAUCUUAUGAUGCCUACGGAUGUUAUUGUAAUUUUUAUUUACAUAUUAUUUUAAUAAAUCCAGAUAUUU